AAAAAAGAUGACUAAGAGAGAUGGAUCAAUACAAUAUUAUACCUGGCCAGCCUAACAAUUCGAAUAAAUAUUGUUGUGGAAUAGAUAAUAUACACUCUUAAUUCCUCCAGAGAAUUAAGUAAGAGUUUGGGGAAAAUGGGAAAUAUAUUUACAAUUUUGAAUCCAAUUCUUAAUGGUUUAAUGAAAACUGCUGGAAUGACAUACCAAUUAGUGGAAAUAGAACCAGGAACUACAAUGUAUUUUUGGGUUCCAACUAGAUCCAUUAAUCCAAAUAACAAAUUGCCAAAUAAACCUCCAAAGCCUGCAGUUGUAUUUGUUCAUGGAAUUAUUGGCAGUGGACUUAUCACUUGGCUUUUCCAAAUCCUCUCCUUAAGUUCAGAUUUUGAUGUCUACGUCCCUAAUUUAAUUUUCUUAGGUGAUUCCAUCACCGAUCGUCCCGAACGGUCAACGACCUUUCAGGCUGAAUGUUUAGUAAAGGGACUGAUGAAGAUAGGUGUCGAAAAAUUCUCACUUGUUGGGUUUACAUAUGGAGGAAUGGUUGGUUUCAAGUUGGCCCAAUUGUAUCCUCACAUGGUUGAAUCUAUGGUUAUAUCAAGUGCAGUUAUAGAGAUGACUGAAUCAGUUAGCAAUGCUUCUUUGAAGAACAUUGGAUUCACUAAUUGGUCUGAUUUUCUUUUGCCCAAAACUGUCACUGGAGUCAAAGUGCUUCUAUCUACUGGUACUCACAAGUGGCCAUGGCUUCCUAAAUUUUUCUACAAGGAUUUUCUCGAGGUAAUGUUUGACAACAGAAAGGAGAAAGAGCAAAUUCUUGAAGCUUUAGUAGUCAGUGACAAAGACGCCACUAUUACACCCUCUAACUAUUCUCAGAGAAUCUACCUUUUAUAUGGAGAUGAUGACAGAAUUUUCAAUAAGAAAAUUUCUGAUAACAUGAAAGAGAAGUUGGGAAAAAAUGCGACAAUUCAAUACGUAAAAAACGCUGGACAUUUGCUACAAAUUGAGCAACCAUCCACUUACAAUUACUACCUCAAAAAAUUUCUUUCAAAUUCGUGAAAUAAUUUCGUGUACAUGCAAUGAAUCUAUAUAAUAAUGAUUUGUGUUAUAUAAAUAGAUAAUGAACCUAUGUCAAUCAUUCUCGUAUUAAUAAAUAAAAUUACUUUAAAUAAUUAA